AUGGAUGGCCCAGACAGGCUUGCCCCCUCAGGCGAAGACCAGCUCAUCGCGCAGACAGAUCGGCUAGCCCUGGACCGCUUCUCCAGCCCUGCCUACAUUGACACCCACGAUCAUCUCGAGGCAGACGAACCAAAGGUCGUUGCUGCCCGACCUGACCGUCCUGGUUCACGAGUUUAUCCGUGCCCCCUCGCUGACCUGCCGAACGAAGUCCUCCUCCAAGUCUUUGCGUUUCUCGAUGUCAGCGAUCUCCUCGUCGUGUCGAGGACAACACACCAUCUUCGCAGCCUCUGUGUGUCUCCCAUUCUGCACACCUGGCGACUUCGCUUGACACGCAUCAUCCUCCCUCCCCUGCUCUACACCCGGCCUUCGCGACAGGAGCUCACUGCUCGAUCCAUCCUCCUCACCCAGACCACUAUCGUCUCUCGGCGUCUCGCUCGGUCCUUGACGUCCAUCCGCCUCUCGCGUCGACUCGCCACGCGCCCAUCGCCAGAGGUCCUCGUCGAACGAGCAGUCUUGCCAAAGGAAUGCGUGCCAGGCCUCACCACUGUUCACCUCACGCCGCGAAUAGUGCAGCGCAAGAAGACCAUUGAGCGGGAGAGGAUCAAGGACGGGCUGCGACGCUGGAUCGAAGGUACCUGGAGAGGCCGCGUCGAGGUGAAGGAGCUUGAGGCCCGACAAUGGGAGGAACGCUGGGGCGUAGGACGCGUCUGGCGCCUCCGAAGAUUCUGGGAGAAGAUAAGCCGAGGUGAGGUUGUGUACUGA